AUGCCGAGCGGGUUGAUGAUGUCGCUGCGAGAGGUUGCUCCAGGUUUCAAAAUGGAUACACUUGAUUUCCCACAGAGGCUGUAUAGUGUAGGCAAGAAACCUUUUCCGAAUAAAAGCAUUGCCUACUACAGCGAUGACAACAAGCUCUUCCCUGCUCUUAAAGAAGCACUCGAGGCAGAUGAAUGGGAGGAGCUCAAGAACUCGAGAGUAGGAGUGUUCUUAAAGUUCCACGAAAUGAAGUUUGGAUGGGCUUCAAGGCUGGUGCACUAUAUACUGUGUUUUCAGCUUGACUGCAAGAAGAAGUUUGAGUUGUGGAGUCUCGUAGGUGUUGAACCAUUGAGGUUUUCUCUGCAUGAAUUUGAAGAGAUAACUGGCCUGAACUGCGAGUAUGUGAAGAAUCUCGAGAAUCCGUUGGUUGAGGUAACGACUGACAUGAAAGCAUUUUGGGCACAGAUGGGAGUGAAUUUCGACAGGGGGCCAAGUAUUGAUGAAUUAACUACAGCGUGUCAGAUGUGCAGAACAUGGUCUCGAGAUGAUCGGCUGCGUUUAGGGUAUCUAGCCAUCUACGCUGGUUUCAUCGAAGCAGCAAGAACCUCGUCACCCACACGGGCUAGCCUGACUAGGUUAGUGAUGGAUCUAGAUGCUUUUGAAGAUUAUCCGUGGGGAAGGGUAGCCUUUAAAUUCUUGAUGGAGUCGGUGAAGGGUGUAGACUUGACAAAGACGUAUGCUAUUGAAGGCUUUGUUCAGACUAGGACUAAGAACUUUACUAUGAAGGAUUACUCUGAAAUGUUCCCUCGCUGGGAUGGUGAGCUGGAAGAUGAGAAGGCUGAUAACAUAGUGAAGGCAGUGUUUUCUUCAGGCUGGGCAUGGGAACAAAGUCACUGGCCUCUUGUCGGAACAAAACUGUGGACAAAUGUGAAGGUGGAGAUCCUUCCGAUGAAGACAAAAGCUGGUCAGAUGGUGCGAAGCUUGAAGACAGUGUCCCCUUCUCGCACACAGUCUGAUGCAGAAUCACGCAAGAAGGCUCGUGAGUCCCCUGGCCUGGAUGUGGAGACCAUGAAAGGAGAAAUAGUUCGUUGGCUAACUGGCCUGACUUCUAAUAUGGUUGAGGGGCUGAGCAGAUGCAAGAACACUCUGAAGACACAAUCCCGCAUGAUUGAGGGCCUUACAACUCAGGUGGGAGCUAUUGAGAAGAUGGUGCGUGAAGGUUGGAAGGAAGACCACGCCAAAGCUGAUUCAUCUACUGAUGUACCUGAGGCAAACAAAUCUGAUGGAGACAAAGCUAAGAAGGACAGCGCUGAAGAAAGCAAAGGUGAUGAAAGCGAUGAUAGCAAAGGUGAGGAAAGCAAAGGUGAGGAAAGCAGAGCCGAGGAAAGCAGAGCCGAGGAAAGCAAAGCUGCGGAAACAGCUCCCAAAGGAAUGACAACAAGAGCCAAAGCUAGAGACACCCAAGCCACUGUGAGUGAGAGUGAAAAUGAGAAUGGAGGCAUAAGUGUUGUUGUAGUAGAUAAAGAACAAUCAUGCAUUGAUUAUGGUUCUGUGAAAAAACUGAAACAAGUUGGUAAAGUGAGAGCUGCUCGCAUUGUGGCCCGUGCUAAAAGUGAUCGGCAACGUAGGCUUGCUGCAACUCAGCAGUCUCCUUUUGAUGGAAACAGCACGGCAAAGGUUAUUAUACCUAACCAGCCGAAGCAAGGCCAGGGAUAUAACCCAUUUGCUAAUCCUGAUCGCCAAAAGCUCUCUGCUCUUCUUGAUUGGGUGAAACUUGACCCCAAAUGGCGACAGAAGGUCAAAGGUUCUUCAAGUCAUUGGUUCUACAUACUACUAACUCCUACAAAAUGGUUGAUUGACACGCACAUGGAUGCUGGCAUUAAUCUCUUAAGGCUCCGAUACACAAAGCACCCUGAAUGGUUUAGGUCCGACAGAUUUUGCAUUUUGGAUGCUGUAUUUACUCAAAUGUGGACAGCAAAGUACUCAGAGUUUCUGGCCUCUCCUGCCAAUCCUGACGGCUCAGGUAAACUACUCCCUCCUGGCGCCUUAGACUACUACACAGGUGAGGAACCAGCGUAUAGCAGAUCAAAUAAGACAUGGGCACUGGAGAUUGAUGAUAUAUAUGCGCCAUUAUUGGUCAAGAACGAUCAUUGGGUAGCUUGCUGGAUAUCAAUCCCGAGGAGACGCAUAGUGAUUUGGGAUAGUGAUCUUGCUUACGCUACGGAUGCAGAAUUUGCUAAGGUCGUGAAACCUAUUGCACACAUGCUGCUGUAUAUGCUGCGUAUGUUAUCUACCGGUGCGGAGAGGGAGUUGUACACAGUUGAUUUCACACAUGAGCGUGAAUCUGGGGUGCCACAAAACAAACAAAGUGGUGACUGUGGAGUGUAUUGCUUGAAGUAUAUAGAAUGUCAUGCACUUGGCAUGCCAUUCCCACCUCAUGAGCUGUGUGAUAAGAAGAUCAAGACAAUCAGGUCUCAGAUGGCUAGUGAGAUAUUUGAUGAGACCAGGAUAAACGACACAGAGAAACGUGAUUACAAGCAUCUCGGUCUCUAUGACUAA